GUCAGAUCUGACUCAAAAUGCAAAACAAACGGUCUGACUGCUGACUCGGCCCGAGUCAGAGGUUGACUCAGAUCCAGACGCCGAGUCAGCUGCAAACAAACAAGAUGUUACUCUGAUAUCAUAACGGACGCAUCUUCAUCAAACAUCAACGGUUUAGCUUCUCAAUUAGAAGAAAUUGUAAUAUUACCCAGAGAACUACUAGAAACAUUUCACUUCAAGGAAGAGGAAGAUUCGUAGAAUCCUUUGUUUUAAUAGGCUACAUCUGUAGAGAGGAUCGUGAAGUCCCAGGAGUUGUUUUUGGCUAUGUUGUGAGAAUGAACCGGGGAGCUGCAAAUGAGGUGGUCAUUAUCAACACAAACAGAAAAAAUGUUUUCAUCUUCAGAAUACAUUCAAGAAGUAUUUUCCAAAGAAUUCUAAGAGGAAGGCCACACUCAGUUGGAUGUCAUUUUAUGGUGUUAAUUCCCUGGCAAUUUCACAUGAAUGUUCAGAAUGUGAUUUUCCAAUUUGAAAUCUUCAACAUAGAGUUUAGGGUCAGAGCUGAUCUGGAUAGAGACAAUAUCCCAUGUAUGGUUGCUUCUCAAGCUGGUGAGGUCAUAACAAUUUAUGGAAGAGAUCCUAAUGGUGUGGUGAGAUCUAGAGUCAGAGAUAAUGUUAACCUGCCACUGUGUAGAAUAGUAAGACUUACUCUAGAAGAUGGAGAAAGAGUUAUAUUUGCAAUUUUCUACUUGAGAUUUCCUUCCGCAACUUGUAGAAACUGCUAUGCGUUUAACCACAAUGGAAACUAUUGUGGCCUAAUUGCAAACAUGGUAUGGCUUAAGUUUUUUCUUUGCAAAAUGUGGACCCCUUUGGAGAUGAAGUAAAUAAAGAAGAACAAGAGAAUCAAAACCAGCAUAAUCAAAACCAAGAGGUUGAAGACAACCAACAAGUAAUUGAUGAGCAACAACAACCAGUCAUUGAAGCCUUUGAGGAUAAUCAGGUUGUCCAACAAAGUAACAAUCCAAGUCACAAAAACCUCCAGAACAAUUCGUAUUUUGAAGCUUACAACAUAAACUUAAGAAAUCUUCUAAUGCAUGAAAGGGAAUACAAUGAAAAAGACAUUGAAAGCUCAGAUGAAUGUGUCAAAAGAGAUCCUCCAAACUCUUUGAUUACACAACAAAGAUAUGUGACUUCUUUAGAUGCUGAUAGUGAUAAGGGAUUAAAAAGAACAAGAGCUGAGGAUAUUAAUAAUGAUGGAAUGGACUUAGAUAACUUGAAUAGAAACAUCAACUCUGUUCUGAUAAGACUUGCAAAAGAAAUUCAAGAAGGUGAAGAAAAACUUGUAAAAGAUAAAUCUAUUGGGCAAGACUCGAUGGAUGGUCUUUUUUUGUUACAUGGUCAAAGCUCUGGGAAGGAUAAAACUGAAAAGACUGAAGAAAAGAAUGAUCAAGAUGCUGAUAAUGCCGAGACCAUCUCUGCUAUGGAUGCUGAAACCUUAGCUAAUCCAUCCAAUCAGUUGCACAGGCCCAGUUGGGAUUUAGGAUCGUCCUAAGCAGCUCAGUUGGUUCAAGCCCAGCAGCAAAGGUGGAGCAGAGCCCAGCAGAAUCUGCAGCGAAGCCCAGGAGCAGUAAGUACUAAGCCCAGCAGAGAGUUGGCACAAGCCUAGCAGCAGAGAGUUGGCACAA